AUGGCGGCGAUGUCAUUUUCUCCGUCCACUUUCCGAGUCGUAAUCUCGUUGCUCCUCCUUGUGGGUAUUGUCACCGCCUUCAUUUUUCUCCCUGUCGAACAGAAAUUGAAGGACUUCUUGUUAUGGAUUAAGGAAGAUCUUGGACCUUUUGGUCCACUUGCAUUGGCUUUGGCUUAUAUUCCCCUCACAAUUGUGGCGGUUCCUGCUUCUGUACUUACGCUAGGGGGUGGUUAUCUUUUUGGCCUGCCAGUAGGAUUUGUAGCCGACUCUCUUGGAGCUACAUUAGGUGCAACAGCAGCAUUUCUGCUUGGUAGAACGAUUGGUAAAUCUUAUGUCACCUCAAAAAUAAAGCAUUACCCAAAGUUUCAAGCUGUCUCUGUUGCAAUACAAAGAUCUGGCUUCAAGAUAGUGUUGCUGCUUCGCGUUGUCCCCAUACUUCCCUUCAAUAUGUUGAAUUACCUCCUAUCUGUAACCCCCGUUCGCUUAGGGGAAUACAUGCUGGCCACUUGGUUGGGAAUGAUGCCCAUUACGUUUGCGCUAGUUUAUGUUGGGACUACUCUGAAAGAUCUUUCUGAUAUUACACAUGGAUGGCAUGAGGUGUCAGUAUUUCGUUGGGUACUAAUGAUGGUUGGCAUUGCUCUAGCUGUAAUUCUGAUAAUAUGCAUAACGAGAAUGGCGAAAUCAUCAUUGGACAAAGCAUUGGCUGAGAACGCAAGCGAUUUAGAUGGGAAGAAGAAUGAUGACGCACCCAUGCUACCCAUCGCAGAACCACCACCACCACCGGAUCAACAACAGGACUCUCUCAUCAUCAGAAUCGACCCUUCCAAUAAUACUUGA